AUGUCAAAUCAUACUGUAUCUGAUCCAUCAUCAAAGUGUUCAUUACAAGGAGACUUUGAUCAACCUGCAUUCAUGUCUGAUGGAGAUAUCACAAUAGGAGGAAUAUUCCCUUUGCACUACAGAGUGGAGCUACCAACAACAGACUACAGAAGCAAACCUUUGGCAGCACAGUGUCAGGGGUUUGAUUCCAGGGCAUUGCGCUGGGCUUUGACAAUGAGGCUUGCUAUAGACCAGAUCAACAACAGUACAGUUCUUCUGCCAAACCACACCCUGGGUUACAGGAUCUUUGAUUCUUGUGCUACUCCGGUUACAGCUCAGAGGGCAGUCCUGGCUGUCCUGAAUGACGAGGAUGUUGGUCAGGGCUCAUUGUGUAAUCGUGGUGGUCCUUUACUCGCCAUAGUUGGAGAAUCUGGUUCCUCACAAUCAAUUGUUGUUUCUAGAACACUGCAACCUUUCAGAAUACCUAUGAUAAGCUACUUCUCAACCUGCUCUUGUCUAAGUGAUCGUAAACAAUUCCCAACAUUUUUUAGAGUAGUCCCGAAUGAUGACUACCAAGUGAAAGCCAUUGCUCAGCUCUUGAAGAGAUUUCACUGGACAUGGAUAGGAGUGGUCACUGAAGACCAUGAUUAUGGCAGGUUUGCUUUACAAGGCCUGAAGCGAGAGAUAGAAAACACCGAUAUAUGUCUGGCAUAUCAUGAAAUGAUCCCUAAAGAUUUCAAGCAGGAGCGGGUCCAUGAAAUUCUAAAUGUAAUGAAACAUUCCACAGCAAAGGUUGUGGUUGUGUUUUCAGGAGAAGGGGAGUUUUACCCUUUCUUAAGAGAAUUUUUAACUCAAAAUAUCACAGGAAUACAGUGGGUAGCCAGUGAGGCCUGGGUUACAGCCUCAAUAUUAGCAGAAACCUAUCCAUUUUUAGCUGGUACAAUUGGAUUUGCUAUCCGCCAAGGGUAUGUGCCAGGGCUGAAAGAAUAUCUGAUGACAGUGAACCCAGAGAUGUACCCAUCUAUGCCCCCCUGCACAGGGCAGGAAACAAUCAACAAGCAGCACUCUGCCUACAUGAACACCUCCAACCCUCGUGUCUCUUAUAACGUGUAUAAAGCAGUAUAUGCCAUUGCUCACUCCCUACAUAAUCUCUUUCAGUGUAUACCUGGAAAUGGAUCUUUUGACAAUUCUGCAUGUGCAGACUUGAAUGAUGUUUAUCCAUGGCAGCUUCAACAUUACCUUCAGGAACUGUCUUUUUCGAUCUCUGGUGAACAUGUGAAGUUUGAUAUGAGAGGAGAUUCGAUUCCAUCUUAUGAUCUCAUCAAUUGGCAGAGACUCCAAAAUGGAGACAUUGACUUUAUCAAAGUGGGACUUUAUGAUGGUGCAAUGGAUGCUGGGAAAGAACUGGUUAUUCAGGAUCAAAAAGUGCCAGUAUCCAUUUGUAGUAGCAGCUGUGCUCCGGGAUUCAGGAAAGCUGUUCGUCAAGGGGAGCCUUUGUGCUGCUUUGACUGUAUACCAUGUGACAGUGGCAAGAUUAGUAAUCAGACAGAUUCAAUAGACUGCAUGGCUUGUCCUGAUGAGUACUGGUCCAAUGUGAAAGGAACAGCAUGUAUCCCCAAAGUCAUUGAGUUUCUGUCCCAUAGGGAUACAAUGGGAAUUGUGUUGAUGGUGAUAGCUAUAGUGGGGUCUUCUCUGACAAUAUCUGUGCUAGCAAUAUUCUUGCAUCAUCGAGGAACUCCGAUAGUGCGUAUUAACAACUCAGAACUGAGCUUCUUCAUCCUGUUCUCCUUGACCCUGUGUUUCCUGUGUGCACUGAUCUUUAUUGGGGAGCCCACUUCUUGGUCAUGCAUGCUGCGUCACACGGCUUUCAGCAUCACCUUCUCCCUCUGCAUCUCCUGCAUCCUGGGUAAAACCUUAGUGGUUCUUGCUGCUUUCACAGCCACCGAGCCUGGAAACAAUGUGAUGAAAUGGCUCGGGCCUACACAGCAGAGGAUCAUUAUCUUUAGCUGCACCCUAGUCCAGAUGAUCAUCUGUACUGCAUGGCUCACAUCCUCCCCUCCAUUCCCUUACAGAAACACACAGCUUCAGCGCUCUAAGAUAAUUCUAGAUUGCAGUGUGGGAUCUGAGCUGGCCUUCUGGUGUGUACUAGGCUAUAUUGGCAUCCUGGCCUGUUUGUGUUUCAUUUUGGCCUUUCUGGCUCGUAAAUUGCCUGGAAAUUUUAAUGAAGCUAAAUAUAUUACUUUUAGCAUGUUAAUAUUUUGUGCAGUGUGGCUGGCAUUUAUACCUGCCUAUGUAAGUUCACCUGGUAAAUUCACUACUGCAGUUGAAAUAUUUGCUAUUUUAGCCUCUAGCUUUGGCCUCCUUUUGUGCUUAUUUGCUCCAAAGUGUUACAUUAUUUUAGUCAAACCUGAAAAGAAUACCAAACAGCAUCUAAUGGGAAAGGCAACAAAAUAA